AUGCCUCCUGCAUUAGCUGAAGUACAUGAAAGACAACGAAGGAUCAUACAGACAAUAGUGUGGUUUAGUCUUUCCCUCAUUGUUUCUGUAUUUGUUAAAGACAUAGGAUAUGCUGUAGCCCUCAUUGGGGGAUUAGCUGCACUCUUUAUCUUUUUCUUUCCAGGUAGGUUGUCAGAAAUUAACCCUUAAAGCCCCAGUAUCCACAUACAAGUUCUCCAAACUGAUCUCCAUACAUUUCCUUAAAGAAUGAGUUGAGAGAAUUUGACAAAAGAUCAAGGCAUUUUUUCUUGGGUGAUCACUUUAUUAAUUCUUAUAACUUAUCUGUUGACAGUGUGUGGAUAUUGUUAGGAGAAAAUUGAUCUUGGUCACUACUGGCACUUAAAGGGUUAAGCCCCGUGCAAAUGGACACAACAUUGUUGGAUGUUACAUGUUGUGUCCAUUUGCACAUGCUGUUGUAUGUUGUUGCAUGUUGUUGGGAAGAAACUGGUCAAACAUUUGAGCGAUUGAUUCCCAACAUUUCAAUAAAUUUAAUAUUAUUAUUGCACAUUUCAUGUAUACAUAUGGUUGACAAAGUCUUAUGGGUUGUAUCCUUCCCGUGGUGCACUGCAGGUCACAACAUUGUUUGGUUACUUUCGUAGGACACAAGAGGAAAAUAGAGCCAAAAGGUCCUCCUAGUUGUUGAAACCUUACCUAACUGAAAAUGUUUCUGACAAACCUGCUUACGAGAUCCCAUGAAAUUUUUCAACUCCCUUGUAAAAAGAAAUUUUAUUAGUUCCAUCUUUAUAACCAUACAUACAUGAAAUUGCCCAUGAAAUUACUCAUGAAUUUCUUUCACUCAGACUGCAAGCCACACUGUAUGUAGCUAGCAAUCUUUUCUUAAUACUAUGACACAAUGUUAUUUGCAGUAGUAACAAGCUAAAUCUGGUAAAUUUGAUACCAACAAGUACGCCACUGAAAAUAUUUCUUCUAACGAUCACACAACCAUGCUAAUGCAAAGAAUUUGUUGCCAUCUAUUUGAUAUUUGAUGUAAUAACAAGUUGAUGAAAAUUUGUUCCUAUUUAUAUUCACAACUAAGAGACGGGAAUGGGUCUGCAGCUUGAACUGUGGAGCCUGAGUGUUUGAUGCCGUCCAAAUAACAUACAAAGUUCAACAUCAUAACUAAAGAAUGGUAUACAAAUAUUCCUAAAUAAAGUCACUUGAGGCUGAACUAUUCACGUGCGCCACCUGAUACGAAAACCCGAAAACCCAAUGGGAAAAAAUUGGGAAGGUAUUUCCUAACCAAUGCAGUCGCACAACCUCUGGGGGUUAAAGGAAAAAAUCAAUCGAUAGAUGAAUAAAGUAAGAUAUAAAAAUAAAAGUUGAUAGUUCAAGAGCUAAGAUGAAUACAUUACAACAGUCAAAACCUUAUAUACCUAACAACAAUAGAGUAAAUUAAUGUCAUAGUGGCUCACGUGUGUUCAUACCAAUAGGAAAGUAUUUACAUUCUCUGUUACUGCCACUACAUUUAGCUCCGCCGAAUUUAAAUACAUUUCCUAGGAGCAUUCACCUGAAAAUUAAACUCCUGCAUUUUUGUUAUUCCUAGGAAUCUGUCUUGUGCAGGAGAUGCUCCAAUAUCCUGUUCUGUCCACCACCAAGAAGCUCCUGAUAGCCCUUGGUCUUUUCUACGUGGUCUUGGGAGUGUUCAUAUUUGCUGACUCUGAAGUUUUCGCAAUAAUGAAGGAUAUCACAGGAAAAGGGUUGUACUGA